AUGGAGAAGGAAAUCGACGACCUGUUUCUUAAGGCCCGGGGAGAGAAGGUUGACCAGGACAAGAUAAAUAAUCUGGCGAGAUGCAUGAGCGAGAUUCCGAAGAUCCAUCCGAAUCUCUCGCAGGUUCGGACGAAAUGCAAGGAGAUUGGGCUGAGCCUGGAGCUGUACACAAUCAAGCUUGAGUCGCUUGCAAAGGAGAUGAAGGGGAUAGAGGAGGAGAACACGAAGCUUGAGAACGAGAUUCGGUACCAGACGUCGAUAUACGAGCAUCUGAAGGAGCUGCUGAUCAGUGUAGAGAUCAAGGAGGACCACUUCAUAGCACUUGAGAGCGAGUCGUUUGACAGCAUUGACGGGCUUUGCAAGAUUGAAAAGGCGCUAGAAGUACUUGACAACUUCAGUGUUGACGAAUACGACAUCAGGAUAGUCCGAGAAAAGAAGGAGAGAAUCAACGAUGCGCUGAGAGAGUUCUACAGAAGGUUUAUAACGUACAUGGGGAGCUUCAUGGUCAGAAGCGAGAGCACCGGGGAGCUGAAGGUCCACAAGGGCCUGUAUGGAGUCAUCAAGAGAUUCAAGAAGAUAUUCCAGCACUCGAAAAGAUACAGAGACUACUAUGUUGUUAUGUGCUCGAUAUACAUGGCCCGCUCGAAGAAGCUGUAUGAACGGGAGUUUGGAUUCCACCUGAGCACAGUUCUCCGGAUUCUGAAGGAGGGGGUGACGCAGGAGAAGGUGGACAAGAUAUUUGAAACCCUUUUUGAGUCGUACCGAAGCAUAAUAAGGUGCGAGGCCAGAUUCCUCAAGAACAUGGAGAUCGAGGGGACAUGCAAGGAGAUUUUCCGAAACACGGGGCUCCUGAUUGUGGAGUUUGUUGAAGAUGUAUAUGAUGCUGCAGACAUUGAGACGCUGGAUGGACUGGGAAAGAGCUGGAAAGAUGUUGGUGAUGAUGAGGAGGCAUACGGCUUGUUUCAGAAAGAGCUUAGGAGUGCAUAUGAAAGGCUGGAGUCUGAGUAUCUGAACAAGAAGAUGGGGAAGGGAGAGAACGGAGUUUGGAGAUUGGAAGAGAUUCUGAGCAGGUCGAGCAACCCUGAGCUCAAGAGAAGGGCUGUGGUCAUGGGGGUCCAAAGGGUUAUGGAGAACACUGGCAAGAGAGACCUAAGGGAGAUCAUAAGGAGGUGGAGGCUGCUGGAUCAUGCAGGAAGGGUAUGCGGUGAGAAGGUGGAGGAACUUGAAGACGCAGAGAAGAGGACGGAGUCUGAGUUUGAGAAGAGCUGUAUUGACGCCAUUCUUGGAGAUGGGAGGGCUGUGGAGAAUGUGGGGAAGGUAUUGUCUCUUAUCGAUGGAGAAGAGGGCUUCAGAGCCAAGGUUAUUAGGAAGAUAAGGGAAAUGGUUUCAAAUGAUGUUGAGGAAGGAGAUGCCGAGAAGAUAGACAAGAUACUGAGGGAUGCUGAAUAG